UCUGGUUGACUAUAUUCACGAACACAGUGACACGUGUAAGUAAAGUCACCUAUAUACUACUAGUACAUCUGCAUAUAGAUCAUUGUGUUGCACCUGGGGUGGGCCAAUGAACUAUAAAUUUAUUUUAUAUCUAAGGGUGCCCAGUUGUUUAUUUGCAAAAAAAAAUGAAAUUUCAGAAAAGCCAUUUACUUUCAUUGGCGUCUAUUGAAUCAAUUUAAACGAAUUGACACCGACUGUGAUGUACAUCUACUUUCGUUUCAUCUUGUGACGUAACGAUCGGACUAUUUCUACGAUGAAGAUUUUACCUGGACACCGCCUGUCAAAAUUUCGGCGCCAUGUUGUUUUGAUUACAAUUUUUACGGAAACAGAUCUGUUUUGCAAGAAGCUAUGGAGACUGGAAGUGUUUCCUCCAUUCCAUCAUCAAGUAUUUCAAACUCUAGUGCUAGGAGUACCCCUAUACCUAGUACCUACAAACCUAUUACCCCAAGUGCAUCUUUCUUGGCCCUUACCAAAUCUCCAGAUGAAGACUUGAGACGUAGAAGUCCAGAUGAACUCCUUCAAAUUAUUCGAAGACUUGAAGUCGAAAACAGAAAUGUUAUUGCAGAGCAUUCAAAUAUUGUCAAAGAUGUGAACAAAAAGAUGCAAAUUCUAUUGUUAGAAGUACGUGGAAUGAAAGAUAUCAAUCAAAACCUACAAGAUGAUAAUCAGGAGUUACGGGACUUGUGCUGUUUCCUUGACGAUGAUCGACAGCGUGGAAGGAAACUUGCCAGAGAGUGGCAAAGAUUUGGUCGCUACACAGCAAGUGUUAUGAGAAGUGAAGUUUCGGCAUACCAAGAAAAGUUGAAAGAGUUGGAGACAAAACAACAGGAAUUGAUAUCUGACAAUUUAGAUCUGAAAGAGCUAUGUCUGUAUUUGGAUCAAGAACGACUGAGGGCAAGCCAGCCUCGGGACGAGGGGGACGGAAGCAGCAGUAGCACUGUGGCAGGCAACGAGGAUCAGAAUGAUAUAGAACUGGUGCCUGUUAGUCAACUUCAAAACAAUAAUACAAUAGCAGACACUGAAUCAGCAACCAAUGAUUACAUACGCCAACUAGAGGACAAAGUUAGGCAUCUGGAGAAAGAAAAGAAGAAAGCAUCUAAGCAGUCUGGUAGAAGCAUCGACAUCCAAAGUAAAGAUGCACCUCAUGCUCAGGUUACUGGUACCCAGCGUGUUGGUCCAGAUGGUACUCAAGCUGUUGAUGGUCAGGGAACCAGCCCUCAUAAACCAGAGGCUGUGGUACAUGCCAUGAAGGUGUUAGAAGUACAUGAGAAUUUAGAGAGACCAAAUACUGCAGUAGGAGAGGAGAAUACACUGGAUGAUAAGGAGAAGGCUAUUGUUAGAGAAAUGUGUAAUGUUGUAUGGAGGAAGUUGGGUAAUGUGAAAGCUGAACAACAGCAGCAUGAUGUCCAGAACAUUAAUCAGCCACCUGUAUAUGAGAACCUGCAGCCAGUACGCAGCAAGAGCACACCGCCUGAGAACGUUGACAAGAGUCCUACCGGACAACAAGGCAGAGAUAUGUACUACACUGCCCCAGAGCCAGGUCUAAGGUCAAGCACGGAACUGUUAGGGCCAGCUCCAGGUCAACCACCAACAGCUUAUGUACAGAGAACAGAUAACAGUAGAGGUCAUACAGUGUUUCAGGUCACUCCCUCUUAUCCUCCUGGCCAAGAAAUCCGGAGACAAGAUGAGUAUUCUGGACCCUAUCCAGGUCCGCAAACAUCUCAGUCCCAGAGGCCUCCCCCUAACUCAAAUUCUCAAGGUCAACCACCACCAAAUCCUCAUUAUUCAGGUCAGCAAGGUCGUUACGGUCAUGUACAAACAUCAAGGUCAACACCAGUCACCCCUACACCGCAACAACAAAGCCAGCAUCCUAACAUAACGCAAAAAAUGGAUCCAAGGAGUCAUUCUCCAGGUCCUGUUAGGAGGUCAAUGACACCUAAGGCUGCUGAUAUGCAGCGCAGCCAUUCACCAGGUCCAAGGCCAAGGUCCCAGUAUUCAAGAUCUGACUCGCAACCAACAACCAGUUAUAAUGGGCCAGUUUAUCAGAAUCACCCUGCACCAAGCAACAUGGGAGAUAACUCCUAUGAGAAUGUUCCAUCUGGUUACUACUAUAACAAUCAGUCAUCACAAAACUAUGCAUCAAAUCAUAAUCGUUCUCAAGAUUCUGUCAGUUCCAACUAUGAUUAUCCAGCCCCUCCCAAUCAAGCUUAUUCCCAAAACCCAUACCCAGAUAACAGUAUGCAUCCUUCGAACAAAACUCAACGAUCAUCAAAUACAUAUCAGGCCACACCCUCACAAAAUCAGCGCCAGCCUCCAUCAAACCAAUCACCACCUUAUUAUCAGAAUGUAUCGGCGAGGAAUAAUACGCCAGCAAAAACAAAUGUAAGGGACCAUUCACCACAAGGGGCACGUUAUCCUCAACAAAAUGCCCCACUACCUCAAGGCCAGUAUCAAUCGCAUAGAAACGCCCCAUCUUCUAACCUGUCAUAUAGUCACCCAUCUUACCCACCUUCCUCUCAGCCCCACCCAACAUACUCUCCAGCCUCCACCCCAUCUGGUUACAACACGCAGCCUCCAGCGUACAGUGCCCCUCCCCAGUACCAAGAUCGUCGUUCGAGCUAUAUUGAUGCACGAGACAGCAACAUACCUUACCCGGACAGAAGAAACGUUAAUGAUUAUUAUAAGAAAUGAAUUACUUGAACUGCACAUCUACUACACCAUUUUUUUUCCGGAAAAAUUAGCAAAGAUAAUAUCAUUUGUGUUCAUUGACUUAUCAGUUCAAAGUUUAUUGUGAUUUGCAAUGACAUGAACAAUAGGGCUUUUCUACAAAGGGUAUAUAAAAUACAUUUAUUGAACUUUUUGACACUUAUUGUAAGCUUUAAGUUAAAGAUAGCACAAUCUCUCUCAUACAUUUGAUAUGAUGCCAUUGUUUUGAUUGGCAAUAUUUGACAAAUGGCAUUUUUUAAUAGUAUCUGAUCAUAAUUUGUGCAUGUUGUUUUUUUUUUGCGAUGGUUACUUUUAACUCCUCCCAUUUAAAUCAGAGAAUACUUUUUUGUGUCAUUGAAUUUAGAUAAUUUGAUAUGAGCAGCUUAUGUUUUAUACAUUAAAAGUAAAAACUGUAAUUUAUUGCAGCUAAAUGUAUGUAUCUUAAUUAAUAGUACUUAGUACUGAAAUUUCGGAGUAAGACUUUCGGGUAUUUAUGGUAUAUCCGCACUAAAACUACAUUUUAGAUAAUCAUGAAGUAAUUGUUCUAAAGAUGUAAUAUCUUUUAACAUAUGAUUGUGACAGAUUGUCUAAUCAGGUAUAAUAACUGAUAUAAUAUUUUAUGAAAUAUUUGUCUGUCAUAUGGUGAACAACAGUAUUGUUAACAUUUCAACUUAUUUUUGAGAGUAUUUGUUGAAUAUAAAUGGCAGUUAUUGGGUAUUUAAGAACGUGCAGUUUGUUUGGAAGGCAUGACUAUAAAACUGAUGUGAAAAUUAUGCCAAAAUAAAGGAAACUUAUUAAGGUAUUGUAUAUGUGACCUAGUGGAGAUUUAUAGUUGUUGAUUUGUAAUCACAAUUAUCACCAGAUGAUUAUAGAUAAUAUUUUUGUUUGGGAUAUUGUUCUACAUAACAUCACUUAGCUAUUUUGAAUAAAAUGUUGUUUACAGAAAAUUAUGUUUUAUAUAAACAAUAUUUUUGUCUGGGAUAUUGUUCAUAAAUCACUUAGCUUUUGUUCAUUUCGGAGUUUAAAUAAUGUUGUUAAAUCACAUAAAUU